AUGGCGGCACUUUUGCGGAACCUGAAGCAGCCGUACUGCAUCUACAUAUAUGCGUAUCUAUGGCUGACGACCCUUGCUGUGGCAAAUGCAGCGGUGAUAUUACAACCCAAAACUGAUGAGAUUGGGACUUUAAAUGAAGAAACCGUAAGAGCACCCAGAGGAACUCUAGGUUCUACGGCACUGCCAUCAGAGCAAAUAGAAGUGGCAGCCCUAGGAAGACCUUUGUUUCCUGGUAUGCUGUACGACUGCCGCAAGGAUUCUUUCAUUCCAGGUGUUACUCUGUGGGAUAAAUCAUCAGUUAGUGAAGAUUUGGACAGCCGUCCACAAGCCCACACAGAUUUGAAAUUCAUAAGCUCUGACUCUCUCUUUAAUAAAUUCAAUCACCUGGAUGUAAGAGGUUCCCUGAAGACCAGUUUCUUGGGGGGCCUGGUGGAGGUGGGAGGAUCUGCCAAGUACCUGCGUAACACCAAAUCCUCAAACCAACAGUCCAGAGUUACAAUGUUUUACAGUGAAACCACAAGAUUCGAACAGCUCACUAUGAGCCACCUGAGCAAGAUUACCUACCCUGAGGUGUUUGACCAGAAAAGUGCAACUCAUGUGAUCACGGCUGUGCUGUACGGAGCUCAGGCACUCAUGGUGUUUGAUCGCACGUUUUCAGAAGAUGAAAACAAGCAGAAGAUUGAGGUAGAACUGAAUGCCCUUGUCAACAAGAUCCCUAAAUUAUCGGCUGAGGUAAAUGCAGACUCUAAAAUGACAUCUGAUGAAAAGAAAACGGCUAAUAAGAUCUCCUGCACGUUUCAUGGUGACGUCCGCCUUGAGCAGAACCCCACCACAUACAUGGAGGCCCUGAAUUUGUACAAGCGGCUCCCCGCUCUUCUGAAGGAGAAUCCACAGAAUGCAGUUCCAAUAAAAGUCUGGCUUCAUCCUCUUCAUCUUUUGAACGCGACAGCAGCUCGGUUAGAGAGAGAAAUCAGUAUAAAUCUGGCUUUCACAACUGAAAAUAUAAUAGAGCGGCUGGAAGAGGCAGAGAGGACGUGCAAUGACCUGUUAGGACAUACACUGGUAAAUAGUUUCAAAGACAUCAAAGAGAGGUUGCGCUCAUUUCACGAAUCAUUUAGCAUUUACAAGGCAAACCUACUGAAUGCAGUUCGCCGGGUCUUGCCUGCUAUUCGAGGAGGAGAGAUGGAGGAGAAGUCCCUGGAAGACAUCCUAAAGAUCCACACAAGUUCCCCGUUUAAUAAUGACAAGCUUAACCAGUGGUUAAAUGAUGCGAAGUCUGAACUUGACAUCUUAAACUCUGCCACGAAGACACUGGAAGGGAUUCGCAUUGUAGGCUCAGACAGUCUCAACACUGCCCUUGUUAAUCCUGAUUAUGUUGGAGUGUUAUGCUUGACCUUCACAUCUCUGAAGUAUAAAGACCCGUAUCUUUCAGCAUUUAAAGAGUUCCUGAUUCCUGACAGGUUUAAAGAGCCAUAUGACGAACAAAACACGGUUUCUGUGGCAUCUAGUGAAAAGUGGUUUGAAAAGUCUGAUCUUAUCGAAAUGUUUAAAUCUAAUGCUCAUAUCUUCAAACAUAUAUCAGGGCCGUUUCAGAGAAAUAAUGUCCUCACAAUUAUUUCAGACGUCUUUGAUCGCAACAAUCCAGGCUCUUCCAUCUAUAUGUAUGCACAGGGGCAGAUAGAAAAAGAUUCCAUACCACCAACCGAGGAUGGAUCAUCCAGCAGUGCUGUAACCCUCAGUGGACAGGCCGAGCCAGUCUCGACUGUGGAGCAGCUUCGUAUGGGUGCGUUGACUCUGGUGCCGUAUGGAGAAAGUCAAGCUACGAGUCAUGUAGGCAGUGUUGAUGUUGAACUGGGUAUUACUAGGAGAUCCUUUGGACACUUUAGUUCACCAGUAGCCCAGCAAGAGUACCACAGUCAAUCGGAAUCGCAGCCUUGUUAUCCCCCUCCACUGGCGUACUCGCCUCCGACUCCUGUUCACCAACCCAUGCCUGUGACACCCCCACGGCAGCCAGUUCCAAUCCCAACCUUACCUAAACUCGUAAAUGAUAGUGAGAGGGAAUUUACAGGUCUGAAGAUGGCUUUGGACAAUCUCCUCAAUCCUCACACAGAGCUUACCGAACAUUAUAAAUACAGGGUAUUGAUGGAGCAGUUAAUACUGAAGGAAGCAAAGCUGAUCGCCCAGGCAUGUCGGCAUUAUCCUGCACCCUAUACAGCAGCCAUGCAACAUCAGUACGGGCAACCUCAUCAGCUGGCACAAAGUGAAAUCGCAUCUUUGUUAAAUUUGCCAGAUAUUCAAGCAGGUGAUGAAAAGGCUUUCCAGAGUUUUGCACUCAAUGUUGACUUGUUAGUAGGCAUGCUGAUGUCACUCGAAGGUCCACAGGGACGAGAACUCACCUGUACGGGGCAUGUUGACAGGCUACUCAGUAAGCUACCCAGGCAUUACCGAGAUAGCUUUAUAGAGCACCUGCAAUUACGAGGCCGACUGAACACUGACAGCCUCAACCCAUACAACCUGCACGACCUCGCUGACUGGUUGAAGGUUAAGACUGAAGCACAGCGUUUGUCAUCGAAGAUGGUACAUCAUUACCAGAAUGAUAGAGUUCAAGUCCCACGUAGGGAACGUCAGCCUGUCUGGAAGGCCAAGGCUCAGCCCACUGCAGUUUAUCAUUGUAGCAACCAGCCCAAAGAUGUCGGUGCAGUGCACUCUGUCCAUACUACGAUGGCUUAUGCCCAGCCAUCAGCUAAGAGGAGGGUCCUAACACCGUGCUUACGACAUCUCAUGAUCGAGCAUACCUGGCCUCACCUGGCCUCCCCUGCCUCAACAGGACGUGUUUACCUGAAAGUCAUUCCAGUGCUGCUGUGGAAAGGCAAGAGGUCUAUGCCCACAUAUGCUACCCUGGAUGACGGCGCCCAGCGGAGCAUUGUUCUUCCCACUGCCGUGCAGCAGCUCGGCAUUGAGGGAAGGGAAGAGAUUAUGGCCCUUCUGUGGCCAGUCGGCCCUUUCACAAUCAGCGUCGCCAUGGAGAUGGAGGCAAUUAUUACGGACACCUGCCGGCAGGGCCGGAUUAACCAUAUGGGCAACUGGGCAAUUGCCCAGGGGCCCACGACCUCUAAAGGGCCCAGGGCGGUGACGCCAAUCAACGUGCACUGA